UCCUACAUCUGAACCAAAUAGCUAGCCAUGGGAUAUUAGAAUUUGACUUGUUCCAUUGUCUCCUGUUUAAGAAAUGAAAAAUGCAGAAUUCUAAGGCUAAAUAGCUAGAAAAUAUUUACUCAGACUUGAAUAUUCUUCAAAGAGAGUGUGUAGCCAUUAUAAUUAUUGGAGGAAGAAGCAUCACAGGAAAAUAAAAGCCAAAUGUUUUCUUCAGGAGUCCUCCUUUUGGCUGCUUUGAUUUCAACUGUGCUGGCCGGGCCGUGGGCUAAUCUAUGUGCUGGCAAGUCUUCCAAUGAGAUCAGGACGUGUGACAGCCAUGGCUGUGGCCAGUACAGUGCCCAGAGAAAUCAUAGGCCUCACCAGGGUGUGGACAUCUUGUGCUCUGAUGGAUCUACUGUGUAUGCACCUUUCAGUGGAAUGAUUGUGGGCCAGGAGAAACCUUAUAAAAACAAAAAUGCCAUCAAUAAUGGUGUCCGGAUAUCUGGAAGAGGUUUCUGUAUUAAAAUGUUCUACAUCAAGCCAAUUAAAUAUAAAGGUUCUAUCAAGAAAGGAGAAAAACUGGGAAUUCUGUUGCCCUUGCAGAAAGUUUAUCCUGGCAUACAAUCCCACAUACACAUUGAAAACUGUGACCUGAGUGAUCCCACCGUGUACCUAUAAACGGAAGACAGGUGACCAGAUCAUCAAGAUAGAGAGCCAUCUUCCUAGAACCUGAACGCAUAUCCUGCUUUCCAAGAAAACUUAUGUUCAAAUAGAAACAUGAUAAGUGCAAGGAAGAACACAGUAUUUUGAUUUCAACUCACUGCCACUUUCAUGUUUUUUUUAUGUCAACUAAUUUCUCAUGGCUCUCUGAACUUUUGGUAACCUAUAUCUGGGGUGGUGGCUUUUCCUUAAUAUUUCUUAGUCCUAAAUACGUAGAGUAAAUAAACAUGUAAAUUCAA